UAAUUUCAUUAUCUGCAGUACACUUGUAAUGCUAACAACACAAAGCUUGCAGUGUUUGUCAACAGUAUCAGUUACACUUGUGAUCAACCAGGAAACGUGCUAAAUGUCAUAAACGAUGAUGGUAUUGUUGCCGGGAACUAUUCAAUGCCCUUCUUCUUUUGAAAGGCUUUGUCAGAAAUCCAUCGAUUUUCCUACAACUAGUCCUCCUACAUCUAGUUCCCCCACAACAUCUUCUACAACUGCCAGCACACCAUCAUCUGGUGUUGCAAUUAAUUUCAUGAAGUUUCUGCUCCUGGUACCUUUGUUUACUGCCUUUCUUGCCAUCUUUGGAUGAUGAACUAUUUUUAUUCUUUCUGUUUUUUUUUAUUUUAAAAAAUUAAUUUAGAUAAUUAAACUAGCGUGAAGUUUCAUUCUCAGUACAGUACUGUCACAUCACUUGUAGCAAUGAUCAGUAACAGAUGUUCUCAGCUGCUUUGCUUUUGCCUUCUUCUCUCAGCAAUCGAAAGUAAUUGCGAAUAUCAGUGCUCUCAUCACGGAGAGGAAAAAAUAGCAAGGGUGCAUCUAAGAAAGCCCGGACAUUCAGCUGUGAAGCGCUCAUUGACCGAUGAUGUCUUUAAUCAGACAUUUCGCGUUUAUGCUCACUAUGACAGCUCGUUUUCAUCUGGAUUAUCUUCAGGAGUGCAGUCUAGAAUUGGAGACAUCGUGAAGAAUGUGACUGACUUCUUACAGGAAACAUUAUCUGUCAGGCAAACUCCAUCCCCCAUUCUACUAGACAGGGAUUGUUCGGGUGGUCAAUUCUUUGCAAGACCUGGUGAUGUCAGACCUUGUUUCCAACAAUGUGAGACGACUACUACUUGUGGAACUGCUACUGUACCUCAGGAACAUUUACUGCGCUGUAUUGAAUGUGGAGGAAGCUUCAAUCCCAGUGCUUGUACUGAGUCUGGUACUGAUGGUGCUGGUGUUAGCAAUGCUGAUUAUGUCUUAUACAUAUCUGCUGUUAGUACUGGCUCAUGUACUAAUGGUGGGUCUACCAUUGCUUUUGCUGGAGCUUGUCAAAUGGAAGAUGAGUAUGACAGGCCAAUUGCUGGGUAUAUAAACUUCUGCUCUGGAGGCAUUACAAGUGCUAGUAGUGACCUAUUCAUAUUCACUGUGGCUAAGCAUGAAGUACUGCAUGCUUUGGGAUUCUCAAGUGGUCUGUUUCCAUGGUUCAGAGAUGAAAAUGGUAACCCAAGGACUCCUAGAAAUUCAAAUGGAUUUCCACCAUCAGCUUCGGGAGGGUAAGUGAUAUAAUAAUGAGAU